UGGAGUUCGUUUCAAGGAACUAGGGCUGCACUUGGAUUUGGAAGAAAGCGAGACUUUCUAAAAUGCCUCCAACUCUUUUUCAGAAACUUUUUAAUAAAAGAAAUUCAUUUUCGCCGCCCCCAAGAUGCAACAAAGAGGAUCCCGCGUUCAGCUGGUCAUCCCCACAGCUGGACCCUAGCCAGAUCAGAUUGAUACUGUACCAAGACUGUGAGCGACGGGGGAGAAAUGUCCUCUUCGACUCCAGUUCCAAAAAGAGGAGCGCAGAGGAAGCCCCUGCAUCGUUUUCCCCACAGCAGAAGAUGUGCAGUAGUGCUGCCCAGGUGAAGAUGUAUGGGAAGUGCUGCCAGCUGAGGCCUACAGGGGGCAGCUCCAACUCUCUGGACAGUUCCUGUGCCGCUGAGGCCCGGGAACCCAGGGAACAAGGGCUGCGCUUCCAGGGGUUGCGGUGUUCCUCUGACGCCAACAUGUUGGGGGAGAUGAUGUUUGGCUCGGUGGCCAUGAGCUACAAGGGCUCCACACUCAAGAUCCACCAGAUACGGUCACCCCCUCAGCUGAUGCUGAGUAAAGUGUUUACAGCCCGAACAGGGAGUAGUGUCUAUGGCAGCCUUAACACACUGCAGGACAGCCUGGAGUUCAUGGGUCAGGACCCCAAUUCUUUGAGGCCGGAUCAGAACACUGUGACCAACGGCCUCCUGGGGAACAUAGGUUUCUCUCAGCUCUGCAGCCCGCGCCGGGCCUUCUCUGAGCAGGGCCCUCUGCGCCUCAUCAAGAGUGCCUCUUUCUUUUCAGGCCAUAGUAACCCCAUGGACAUGCCGGGCAGAAGCCUGUACGACGAGAGAGACAGCGGCAUCGCCAGAUCAGCGUCUCUGAGCAGUCUGUUGAUUACUCCGUUCCCCUCCCCGGGCUCCUCCCUCACCAGCAGCCAGGCCAGUAGCUACCAGAGACGCUGGCUCCGCAGCCAGACCACCAGUCUGGAGAACGGGGUCUUCCCAAGAUGGUCUGUGGAAGAAAGCUUCAACAUGUCGGACGAGAGCGGAGGUCCCAGCCUGGGCGUGGCCAGGAAGAAGAAGAUAGCCAUCGGUGUCAUCUUCCUCCUCUCCCAGGACGAAGAGGAGAACAUCAAGUUCCAGGACUUCUUCUUCUCCCACUUCCCCCUCUUCGAGAGCCACAUGAACAAACUAAAAAGUGCCAUUGAACAGGCCAUGAAAAUGAGCCGGCGAUCAGUUGAUUCCAGUCAGAGGGCUCUGGCCUAUAGCCGCAUGGUGGAUGGCCUCAAUGAAUUCAGGACGACCAUCGUCAACCUUUACACCAUGCCCCGCGUGGCCGAGCCCGUUUGGCUCACCAUGAUGUCUGGAGCCCCCGAGAAGAACCAGCUCUGUGGACAUUUCAUGAGGGAGCUUGCCCUACUCAUGGAGCAGGCCUCAAAGAACCAGUUCCUCCCUGCCCUCCUCACAGCCAUCCUCACCAACCACCUGGCCUGGGUGCCCACUGUCAUGCCCAACGGACAGCCGCCUAUCAAGAUCUUCCUGGAGAAACACUCUUCUCAGAGCGUGGAUAGGCUGGCCAAGAGCCACCCCUACAACCCACUGUGGGCCCAGCUCGGUGACUUGUACGGGGCCAUCGGCUCCCCGGUGCGUCUGUCCAGGACGGUAGUGGUGGGGCGGAGACGGGAGCUAGUCCAGCGACUCCUCUAUGUACUCACCUACUUCAUCCGCUGCUCUGAGUUGCUGGAGACCCACAUGCUGGACAGCACUGAGGACGAGGCCAUCGUCAUCCCAGGCUCUCUCAUCACCACCUCGCUGCAGCGUGGGGAGGUGGAGGAGUCAGAUUAUGUGCUGGUCACCGUGCACAAGCCCAGCGGAGACUACCUCAGCCAGGGUCCCGAGCCCCAAGAGGACAGCAGCUACCCCUCACACAGCAACAACAGCUUGCAGUGCAGCACCUACACUGAGGCUGGCCCUAAGGAGGGGGACAGUAGUAACAACAGUCAGGGUUCCAAGAGCAGUGUCCUGCAGGCCCAGGCCCACUCCAGCCACAACACUAACGCUGUGCCCAUCAUCCACAUGGAGGAUGUUAGUGAGCCGCUCAAGGAGUCACUCAAGGAGUCACCAACCGCCUGUCUGGAGGCCAAGCUGGAAACAGUGGUGCGUGUGGGCUCCGCCUCCCCCAGGGAGACAGUGGUGCGUGUGGGCCCCGCCUCCCCCAGGGAGCAGGUCUGUGUGCUGCUGGAGACGAAGCCUGAGACCGAGUUAGAGGUCAAGGCCAGCGAGAAGGAGGGGAUGGGGAGUCUGCCCAUCAAGGUGUUCCGCUCUUCUGGGAUACCACUGGAGAAGAAGCCCCCUGACAAGACCGUACCUGUACCUAUACCCGGCCCCUUUCUGUCAAAACACCAGGAGGAGCCUGCCACCAAAGUGCUGUUUCUCAUCGGCGACCCCCAGUCUCCGGGAUCAGACACCGAGAGCAGGAGGAGGAAGCUUGAGGACAUUAAGAAGCACAAGAAAUGCAUCAAAGAGAAACAGAGGCCGCAUCCGCAACUACAACAACAGCAACCGCAACAACAACCACAACAGCAACCGCAACAACAACUACGACAGCAGCAACCGCAACUACAGCAACCGCAACUACAGCAACCGCAACUACAGCAACCGCAACUACAGCAACCGCAACUACAGCAACCGCAACUACAGCAACCGCAACUACAAAAACAAAAACAACAGCAACCGCAGCAACCGCAGCAACCGCAACCGCAGCAACCGCAACUACAGCAACAGCAACCCCUACAACAACAGCAACCCCUACAACAACAGCAGCAGAGUGGGUGCGGUGACGGCGGCGAUCAGAGGGUGAAGUCUACUACCAGCACAUCACCCGACCAAACCAAGACCAACGCUGGCGGAAAGAAGACUCUGAUGCGUGUCUUCAGCAAGAUGCCCCAGUGGAACCCUGUCAGCGAGGAGGAGUGCUCGGAGCUGUUCGACGAGUACUUCAGUGAUGACAACCCUGUAGAGACCAGGACUAUAGACGAUGUGGCGAAAUGCCUGGACUUGUCAAACGGCACGGACAAAACCCAGAAAGAGCUUCUGGACCCUUCGGGAGUCGAGAGUAGCAGUUGCUGUAAGGGACAGGGGGAUCAGGGACAGAAGGGAACAGGGCAGUUGGGUGUGGGACCGGGGGGUGUUGGUGGGGAUGAGGCUGACGUCCAGACCCGGUGUACGGGGGAGGCUGACGUUAAGACCAGGUGUUGGGGGGAGACUAACAUCCAGACCCGGUGUGGGGGGGAGGCUGACGUCCAGACCAGGUGUGGGGGGGAUGAGGCUGACGUCCAGACCAGGUGUGGGGGGGAUGAGGCUGACGUCCAGACCAGGUGUGGGGGGGAUGAGGCUGACGUCCAGACCAGGUGUGGGGGGGAUGAGGCUGACGUCCAGACCAGGUGUGGGGGGGAUGAGGCUGACGUCCAGACCAGGUGUGGGGGGGAUGAGGCUGACGUCCAGACCAGGUGUGGGGGGGAUGAGGCUGACGUCCAGACCAGGUGUGGGGGGGAUGAGGCUGACGUCCAGACCAGGUGUGGGGGGGAUGAGGCUGACGUCCAGACCAGGUGUGGGGGGGAUGAGGCUGACGUCCAGGCCCGGUGUGGGGGGGAUGAGGCUGACGUCCAGGCCCGGUGUGGGGGGGAUGAGGCUGACGUCCAGGCCCGGUGUGGGGGGGAGGCUGACGUCCAGGCCAGGUGUGGGGGGGAGGCUGACGUCCAGGCCAGGUGUGGGGGGGAGGCUGACGUCCAGGCCAGGUGUGGGGGGGAGGCUGACGUCCAGGCCAGGUGUGGGGGGGAGGAUGACGUCCAGGCCAGGUGUGGGGGGGAGGCUGACGUCCAGGCCAGGUGUGGGGGGGAGGCUGACGUCCAGGCCAGGUGUGGGUGUGGCUCUACAGACACAUCGGAGGCACGUUCCUGUAGAAGUUGUUCUGCUGAGCAGAACAUGUGCAUCCUGAUUUCAGUAACCGGCCCCAAAAUGGCCCAACAAAAGAAGGGGGCCCCGCUUAAUGACUGUGAGAUCCCCCGGAACGAGAGUUCGGACAGUGCGCUUGGGGACAGCGAGAGCGAAGACGCAGGGCAGGACAUCCACAGGCAGAGUGACAGCGACACCUACUACAGAGAUGAUCAGGAGCCAGAUGAGUGGCAGGAAGAGGUGGAGGUCCCCUUCCCUGGGUCAAAGUUGGUGGAGCAUUUCUCCAAACCGAGCAUUGCCAACUUUGGGAGGUCACUGUUCGGAGGGUACUGCACAACCUAUGUGCCGGACUUUGUUCUACAGGGGAUGCCCAACGAUGACAAAUUAAGGCAGGGCCUCAUGUCAGAAUUAGCCCAUGCUGUACAGCAUCCAGUGUUGGAUGAGCCCAUUGCAGAGGCGGUCUGCAUUAUCGCAGACACUGAUAAGUGGACGGUGCAGGUAGCCAGCAGCCAGAGACGAGCCACGGACAACAACAAACUGGGGAAGGAGGUCCUGGUGUCCAGCCUCGUGUCCAGCCUGCUCCAGUCCACCCACCUGCUUUACAAGAUGAACCUCUCCCCCAACUUUUGCAUAAUGCACCUUGAGGACAGACUCCAGGAGGUCUACUUCAAGAGUAAAAUGCUGGCAGAGUACCUGAAGGGACAGACUAGGGUGCACGUCAAGGAGCUGGGGAUGGUCCUGGGUAUUGAGUCCAGUGACCUCCCCCUGCUGGCAGCGGUGGCAAGCACUCACUCUCCCUACGUGGCCCAAAUACUGCUAUAAUAGAUGGAACCAAAGCCAGAGGUGGCGGGUGGCUGUGGACUGGAGCAGCCGGAUACUGUGCUUCACCCUGGCCCAACACGUCGGCUUGACCCUGUUCACUGACGCCCUGCUGAUGCUCUGAGAGGGCCGGUGCAGUGCAGUCUCCUGGACAAGGUGGGCAUCCCAAAUUGCAUACUAUUCAAAAGUUGUACACUAUGUAGGGAAUAGGGUAUCAUUUGAGAUGCAGAAGGGCCUCUUGGAUGGAUCCGAGACCUCAGCUACUGCUGCUGCCACUGGGCAUACAGACAUACUGCCACAAGGGGACAGCCGAGUCCAUGGUCUCCUCUGAUAGUAAGAGAUGAAGCUCUGUUGGCCCACUCCAGGCCAGAGAGGCAUGCUGCUGCUGUGGCCAGUUCUCUUCUUUUUCAAUGUUUUCACCCCUCUGCAUCAACAUUAUUUUAACCUGGUUAAAGGACAAGAAAGCCAAAUCAUUUUUCUGUUGAGUAUAAAUAAUAAAGACAUCAAUUAUAAAAUAUAUACUUUUUACAUCUACUACUUUCCUGUACAAUCUUUUACCCGUUUAACCAGGAAGCACAGGUGAUAGAUAGGAUGAGUUUUUUUGUUACUUGUAGUGAAUAUGAUCAAAUUCACUUUAUUUCAAUUAUGUUUCUGUGUUCUUCAUGUAUUUGUUUACAAGUGUACUUGACCUGAAAUGUCUCCCUCAAUGGUCCAUAAUUCAUUGGAUUUCAUUUGAAAAUGAACUACACUAAUUAUAUAAACAUAGGCCUGGAAGUCGUAUCUGGGUAAUUUAUACACAUUCAUUGUAAUUCUUAACUGCAGUGUAGCUUUAACAUUCUUGAUCACAGGUACAGCACUACCUCAGAUAUUUUGUGGGCGAUCGAUGCUACACGCUUUUUAUAGUUGCCGACUAGAUAAGCCUGAGAGAAUUAUUUGUAUUUUUAAAUCAGUGUAAUGUUCAAAUAAAACUGCCAACCCAAUGCUGAACUCUUGAAAAAGGGAUGUUAAUAAUUACAUAUUUGAAAAUGGGGAAAACCUUUGUAAUUAUUUUUGGAAUACAAGGAGCUCAUUUCUACUGCGGUAUGUGGGGAAAAAUAAACAAACGAUCUACAUAUAUUUUCAAACUGAAAUAUUUUCACAAGUUUAAAACAUUUUUAUCGCUUUGACACCAUCAUACCAUGUUUACGGCUGUAUUGCAUGCUACGAAGGGAGAGUUUGUGGAAUAUCUGUUAGCAAUACGUGUAUCAGUUCCUUAAACUAUUCUCAAUGUUUAUGGCAAAACCAAUAAUAAAUAAAAAAUUGCUGCAUUGAUUUUACAAAAGCAAGACGCAAAACCACAAAUCUAAACCACAGAUUUGUUUUAAUUUUUUGUAUAAAUAUUUUUACCAACCAUGAAAUUCAUGUUGCAUUUCAUUUGGAAGUACUUUGUCUGGAGAGUGUGCCAUGCUAUGGAGUCUUAAUGGACAUGUGGCAUGAAUGGAUCAGGGGCUUCUGAAGAAUUGAUUUUGCUGGUUGAAAUUAUUUUUACAUGCUUAUGUAAGAUGCUAGGUUCUUCAGGAUAUGUUCUUAUUGCAUUUUGUAAAGCUCCUGAUUAUUUCUAUGAGGUAUGUUUACUUUUCUCUUCAUAUAUGAAUAAAUGAUUUAGUAUGGUGUGUAACAGUUAAUGUAAAUUGUACAUAUUCAGUUUAUUUCCAUGUAUUUGUACAUAAUGUCUUUGAAUAUGAAUUGUUUCUAAAAUGAUCCUUUCCCAAUUUUAAGGGAAUGUUGUGCAAUAAAGAUGCCAAUGUUGUA